AUGCAAGCCAAAGUAUUACAAACAUCACAACAAAAUGAUGAAGAGGAUCUAAUAAUUAAAUUAAAUGGAAUCAAUUUAGGUCAUAUCUCACGUGGUCCUUCAUUAAAUGCAACAGCUAGAUCUUUAGUUCGUGCUGCAUAUGGUGAAAAAGCACCAUUCAACGAUUUGGCAUCAAGAGAAUCUGAUCUUCUUUUGGGUUUUCUUGCUCGAAUUCAUCAAUUGAAUGUUGCAUCUGUCCUUGUAAAUAGUCAAUCAAUCAAGAACUCUUUACAGCAAAUGAAGCACGACGUCAAGAAGAAAAAACCUUCGAUUAGAUUAUCCAUUACUUUAUCAAAACAAGGGGCUUCAACAACAAUUCAACCAUUAUCAUUAUUGAAUAACGACGAAGAAGAUGAUAACGACGGCGAGUUUUGA